UGUGAUUGUUCCUGAACAACUGCGUACUUCCUACUAUGCCUUUUGGGAAACUACCCAGAUUUCCCACAAUAUGUACCUGAUAUGCAGAUGGAAAAAAGCAAACCAUGGUGGUCUAAGCAGCUUAGAUUUGAUAAAAAUAAUAAGAGUGGUUCCUUCAGUUCAUUUUCCAAACCCUUCUGCCAGAACAAGCUGGUUCUUCUGGGAAGACGGAACUGCCUACGGCCAUAUGCACCCAUCUGUUCUUCUCUGCAAAAAUGCCUUGGCCUUUUCCACACAGAGCCAGUGGGUGGUGGGGGUGACCACUGCAGGUGGACAGGCCAGGUUGACUGGCAGCUCUUCUGCUCCAUGCUGUAUCAACUGGGGUCACACAAAUAUAAUUAGUUGGUGGCUGGGCUGGGUCUGGAAGAUUGAAAAAGACCCCUCUUACACAUCUGGUGGCUCAGCUGGGGUGGUUUGAGUGGCUGGAGCACCUCGGUCCUCUUCCAAGUAGAUCUCUUCCUCGAGCAGUCUAAGCUGGCUUCCUUCAAACAGGACAACUGGUUUCCAAAAGAGAGAGCAAAUCAAUGCUACCAGGGUUCUUAGUCUCAGCUCAGAACAGGAACAGUGUCUAUCACUUCUGCUGCAUCCUCUCGGCCAAAAUAAGUCAUAAGUCCAUAUCAGAGCUGAGAAGACGGGAAAUAGAUUCUCCUUCUUGAAGAGAAGAUUGGCAUGCACAUCUAGAGAUAAGAAUAAUUGUUGGCUACCUGUGUAGGAGCACUUUCCUUUUUUUGGGUACAAUUUACUGAGACUACACUGACUUGUUUGGCUUCUGCCCAGAAUUUUCUCCCUAGCAACUGCUAAGUUCAGUUGAUUUCCACAGUAGGCUCAGGCAAAGCAUAAGCGCUCUGUUCAGUAUCAACAUCAGACAGAGAGAAUUUUACUUGGACUUUUCUAAUUACUUGCCACAGUUUUAAUAAUUAUCAGUCUGUCUUCUCCCUCAAUCCCUCUGAGCCAAAUCUGACUAUGCCCUACUCUUAUUAUCACUUUUUAAAUUAUUUGAACCUAACUACUUUCU